AUGAUAGAAGUGGUUGUAAACGAUCGUCUGGGGAAGAAAGUUAAGGUGAAGUGUUUGGAGGAGGAUACUGUAGGUGACUUUAAGAAAGUUCUCUCCCUUUAUCUAGGUACGCAACACAACAAGAUUGUUUUGCAAAAGGGGGGAUCCGUAUUGAAGGAUCAUAUAUGUUUGGAUGACUAUGAAAUACACGAUGGAACAAAUCUGGAGCUCUAUUACUUGUGA